CGGAAGGGAGCUGCUGAGGAGGCGGGACCCGGACCGCGGACCGGCCGCUGGGUCCCAGCGAGGGCCGAGCCGGGCGGUGGGAGGAGAUCAGAAUGGUAGGGGAACGACGUGCUGGGGACCUUAUGGUGCCUUUGGGGCCCCGGCUGCAGGCAUAUCCUGAAGAACUUAUUCGACAGCGUCCUGGACAUGAUGGGCAUCCUGAAUACCUGAUCCGAUGGAGUGUCCUGAAGUGUGGGGAAGUAGGCAAAGUGAGUGUGGAGGAGGGCAAGGCAGAGCACCUCCUCAUGUGGCUGUCAGCCCCAGAGGUCUAUGCUAACUGCCCUAUGCUGUUGGGUGAGCGGACACUAUCUAAAGGACCUCAGUAUGAACCAGCUGGAGCUUCAGGAAACUUUUCCCGCGAUCCAGGAGGCCUCGAUGAAGUAGCAAUGGGAGAGAUGGAGACUGAUGUACGGGCACUGGUACGCAGGGCUGCCAGGCAGCUCGCAGAAGGAGGGACCUCAAGCCUUACAGCUGCUGUACUUCACACCAUCCAUGUGCUCAGUGCCUAUGCCAGCAUCAGGCCCCUCACUGGGGUCUUCAGGGAGACAGGAGCCCUGGACCUGCUCAUGCACAUGCUGUGCAAUCCUGAGCCUCAGAUCCGUCGGAGUGCAGGCAAGAUGCUCCAGGCUCUGGCAGCCCACGAUGCAGGGAGUCGGGCUCACGUCCUUCUGUCACUGAGCCAGCAAGAUGGCAUCGAGCAGCACAUGGAUUUUGACAGCCGAUAUACUUUGUUGGAGUUGUUUGCAGAGACCACAUCCUCUGAAGAGCACUGCAUGGCCUUUGAGGGCAUGCAUCUGCCUCAGAUUCCAGGAAAGCUGCUUUUCUCCCUGGUGAAGCGCUACCUAUGUGUCACUUCCCUGCUGGAUCAGCUGAAUAACAGUCCAGAGCCAGAAGCUGGAGACCAAAGCUCCUCCUGCCCCACAAAGGAAAAAAGCCGGGGACAGCGGGAGUUGGAGUUCAGCAUGGCAGUGGGCAAUCUCAUUUCAGAGCUGGUGCGGAGCAUGGGCUGGGCCCGGAACCUCAGUGAACAGGGCCCACUACCACCCCGGCCACCCCGGUCCAUCUUUCAGCCUUGCAUUUCAGGGCCCCCCCUUUUACUGCCCACCGUUGUCACUACCCCCAGAAGGCAAGGGCGGGCCUUCCGCCAGCGCUGUGAAUUUUCUAGCCGUAGUGGCUAUGGUGAGUAUGUGCAGCAGACAUUGCAGCCAGGGAUGCGAGUGCGAAUUCUGGAUGACUACGAGGAGAUCAGCGCUGGUGAUGAGGGCGAGUUCCGGCAGAGUAACAGUGGAGUGCCCCCUGUGCAGGUUUUCUGGCAGUCAACAGGCCGUACCUAUUGGGUGCACUGGCACAUGCUGGAGGUCCUGGGACCUGAGGAGGCUACUGGGAAUUUGGCUUCAGAUACUACAGAGAAGGGAACAGGGGCUACUAUAGUGGGCACAGGAGCCGAUACCCCUUUGCCUACAUCCUCAGCAUUUCCCUCCUGGGACUGGAAGUCUGUGGAUGGCAUCUAUUCUUUGCCAUACCUCCAACCUGAACCUCAGAAGAAUAAGGAAUUGGGUUACCUGACUCAGGCUGAGUGGUGGGAGCUACUUUUCUUCAUUAAGAAGUUGGACCUAUGUGAUCAGCAGCCAAUCUUCCAGAAUCUUCAGGAGAAACUAGAUAAGGCCCUGGGUGAAAAGGCCCUAGGUGAGCUCUCUGUGCCUGUAGAGAUGGCAGAGGGUCUGUUGCAGACUCUCAGUAAUCGGUUUGAGGGCAACCUCCUCUGUGACCUGCUCAACUCCCAAAUCUACACCAAGUAUGGGCUGCUACGUGAUGAACUAAGCAGCUUGUCUUCUUCACGAAGUCACUCCUGUACUCCAGAUGCAGAAGAGGUAUCCAAGUCAGCAGCCAGCUUCUUGGAGGAAGAGACUAAGUCCCCCAAAGCCAAGGCUGAGCCCCCCAAGGCAGAGGCAGAGCCUGCCAAUGUAAAGACUGAGUCGCCCAUGGCACAGAGUGAUUCACAGCUCUUUAACCAGCUUUUGGUGACUGAGGGAAUGGUUUUGUCUUCUGAAACAAAGGAGGAAGCCAGUGAAAUGGCUAGAGCCUUGCGGGGUCCUGGUCCACGAAGCUCCUUGGAUCAGCGUGUGGCAGCAGUUGUGGCCACUGUGCAUAUAUCCAGCUUGGACACAAAUCUGCAACUUUCAGGGCUCUCUGCCCUCUCUCAGGCUGUGGAGGAGGUCACUGAGCAGGACCAUCCUCUGGUCCGUCCUGACAGGUGGCUGAGAGAGAAGCUAGUGAAGACACUGGUGGAGUUGCUGACCAACCAGGUGGGAGAGAAGAUGGUGGUGGUCCUGGCCCUGCGCCUCCUUUACUUGCUUAUGACCAAGCAUGAGUGGCGUCCACUCUUUGCCAAGGAGGGUGGCAUCUACGCUGUGCUGGUUUGCAUGCAAGAAUAUAAGACUUCCGUCUUGGUGCAGCAGGCAGGCCUGGCGGCACUGAAGAUGCUGGCCAUUGCCAGCUCCUCGGAAAUCCCCACUUUUGUUACUGGCCGAGAUUCCAUCCAGCCUUUGUUUGAUGCUCAGAUGACCAGAGAGAUCUUCGCCAGCAUUGACUCGGCCACACGUCCAGGCUCUGAGAGCUUGCUUCUUAGUGUCCCUGCAGCUGUGAUCCUGAUGCUAAACACUGAGGGGUGCUCCUCUGCAGUGAGAAAUGGCCUACUUCUGCUCAACCUGCUUUUGUGCAACCACCACACUCUGGGAGACCAGAUUAUAACCCAAGAGCUGAGAGACACCUUACUUAGACACUCAGGGAUAGCACCGGGGACAGAACCCAUGCCCACCACACGCACCAUCCUCAUGAUGCUUCUCAAUCGCUACUCAGAGCCACCGGGCAGUUCCGAGCAUGCAGCACUGGAAACCCCAAGCACCCAGGGUCAGGAUGGGUCCCCCGAACUACUGAUUAGAUCCCUGGUGGGGGGCCCAUCUGCAGAACUCCUCCUGGACUUGGAACGCAUGCUGUGCCGCGAGGGCAGCCCAGGGGGCGCCGUGAAGCCGCUCCUCAAGCGCCUCCAGCAGGAGACCCAGCCCUUCCUCUUGUUGCUGCGGACUCUGGAUGCCCCUGGGCCCAACAAAAUUCUGCUGCUGACUGUGCUGAGGGUCAUGACCCGACUGCUGGAUUACCCGGAGACAGUGGUCCUCCCCUGGCAUGAGGUCUUGGAGCCCUGCCUCAACUGUCUGAGUGGCCCCAGCAGUGACUCUGAGAUUGUUCAAGAGCUGACCAGCUUCCUGCAUCGCUUGGCUUCAAUGCAUAAGGACUAUGCAGUGGUGCUCUGCUGCCUGGGAGCAAAAGAGGCUCUCUCCAAAGUCCUGGACAAGCACUCGGCUCAGCUGCUGCUGGCCUCUGAGCUUCGGGACCUGGUGACAGAGUGUGAGAAAUAUGCCCAGCUUUAUAGCAAUCUCACCUCCAGCAUCCUGGCUGGCUGCAUUCAGAUGGUGCUGGGACAGAUUGAAGACCACAGACGAACCCACCAACCCAUCAAUAUCCCCUUCUUUGAUGUGUUUCUCAGGCAUCUCUGCCAGGGCUCCAGCGUGGAAGUGAAGGAGGACAAGUGCUGGCAGAAGGUGGAGGUGUCUUCCAACCCGCACCGGGCCUGCAAACUUAUGGAUCGCAAUCCCAAGACCUACUGGGAGUCCAAUGGCAGCACUGGCUCCCACUACAUCACCUUGCACAUGCACCGUGGUGUUCUUGUUAGGCAGCUGACUCUGUUGGUGGCCAGUGAGGACUCAAGUUACAUGCCAGCCAGGGUGGUGGUGUUUGGGGGUGACAGCACCAGCUGCAUCAGCACCGAGCUUAACACGGUGAAUGUGAUGCCCUCUGCUAGCCGGGUGACCCUCCUAGAGAAUCUGAACCGCUUCUGGCCUGUCAUCCAGAUCCGCAUAAAGCGCUGCCAGCAGGGUGGCAUUGACACUCGGGUUCGGGGUGUGGAAGUCCUGGGCCCUAAGCCCACUUUCUGGCCACUGUUCCGGGAGCAGCUGUGUCGCCGUACAUGUCUCUUCUACACAAUUCGGGCACAAGUCUGGAGCCAGGACAUAGCAGAGGAUCGCAAGCGCCUCCUACAGCUUUGUCCCAGACUGAACAGAGUUUUGCGUCAUGAGCAGAAUUUUGCUGAUCGUUUCCUCCCUGACGAUGAGGCCGCCCAAGCACUGGGCAAGACCUGCUGGGAGGCCCUGGUCAGCCCCCUCGUGCAGAACAUCACCUGCCCCGCUGUCUGUUCUCCCAUUUCCCAUGGACACUUGUUCCUGACCUGCCUUCUUUCAGAUGUGGAAGGUGUGAGCUCCUUGGGAUGGCUGCUGGAUCAGUACUUAGAGCAGAGGGAAAGCUCUCAGAUCCCCUUGAGUCGAGCAGCGUCCUUUGCUUCUCGAGUUCGCCGCCUUUGCCACUUGCUGGUGCACGUGGAGCCUCCUCCUGGGCCUUCUCCUGAGCCAUCACCUCGUCCCUGUGAGUCCAACAUGGCUGACCCAAUCAGCAGAAACACUAAGGGUCGGGAUCGGAGCCCUGUGCCUUCACCAGUUCUUCCAAGCAGCAGCCUGAGGAACAUCACCCAGUGCUGGCUGAGUGUGGUGCAGGAGCAGGUCAGCAGAUUCCUGGCUGCAGCCUGGAGGGCCCCAGACUUUGUGCCUCGUUACUGUAAACUCUACGAGCACUUGCAGAGGGCAGGCUCGGAGCUGUUCGGACCUCGAGCAGCAUUCACACUGGCUCUGCGUAGCGGCUUCUCUGGUGCCCUGCUGCAGCAGUCCUUCCUCACCGCUGCUCAUAUGAGUGAGCAGUUUGCCAGGCACAUUGACCAACUGAUCCAGGGGGGCUUGCUUGGUGGAGCCCCUGGAGUGGAAAUGCUGGGGCGGCUUCAGCGGCACCUGGAACCCAUCAUGGUCCUUUCUGGCCUGGAGCUGGCCACUACUUUUGAGCACUUCUAUCAGCACUACAUGGCAGACCGUCUCCUGAGCUUGGGCUCCAGCUGGCUGGAGGGGGCCGUGCUGGAGCAGAUCGGCCUCUGUUUCCCCAACCGCCUCCCCCAGCUCAUGUUGCAGAGCCUCAGCACCUCAGAGGAGCUGCAGCGCCAGUUCCAUGUCUACCAGCUUCAGCAGCUUGACAGGUUACUCUUACAGCAGGAGGACAAGGAGGAACAGGGACUGGAGGAAGAGGAGGAGGAAGAGGAGGCUGAGAAAGAACUGUUUAUGGAAGAUUCAAGCCCAACAGUUUCUAUACUGGUCCUGUCGCCCCGCUGCUGGCCCGUGUCCCCACUCUGCUACCUGCACCAUCCCAGAAAGUGCUUUCCCACAGAAUUCUGUGAUGCCCUAGACCGUUUCUCCAGUUUCUACAGCCAGAGUCAGAACCACCCAGUUCUAGACAUGGGACCACAUAGAAGACUACAGUGGACAUGGCUGGGCCGGGCUGAGCUACAAUUUGGAAAGCAGACCCUGCAUGUGUCCACUGUACAGAUGUGGCUGCUAUUAAAUUUCAAUCAGACAGCGGAGAUGUCAGUAGAUACCUUGCUGAAGAAUUCUGACCUCUCCCCUGAGCUACUGCACCAGGCAAUUAUGCCCCUUACCUCUGAGAAUGGCCCUUUGACCAUGAAGGAGGCUCAGAACCUUCCAGAAGGGGGGGUGCUGCAGCUUCGUGAGCCUGGGUCCCAGCCCGGUGAGGAGGCCCUGUGGCUGAUACCUCCUCAGACGUACCUGAAUGUAGAGAAGGAUGAGGGCCGAACCCUGGAACAGAAGAGGAACCUCCUGAGCUGUCUUCUUGUCCGUAUUCUCAAAGCCCAUGGGGAGAAAGGCCUUCACAUUGACCAGUUGGUUUGUCUGGUGCUGGAGGCCUGGCAGAAGGGUCCAAAUCCCCCUGGGAGCUUGGGCCGAGCUGUUGCUGGGGGUGUGGCCUGUACGAGUACUGAUGUCCUCUCUUGCAUCCUGCACCUUCUGGGCCAGGGCUAUGUGGAACGUCGUGAUGACCGGCCCCAGAUCCUGAUGUAUGCCACCCCAGAGCCCAUGGGGCCCUGCCGGGGUCAGGCAGAUGUCUCCUUCUGUGGCAACCAGAACACUGAGACCUCCAAGCCUAGCCCAGAAGCUGUGGUGGCCCUUGCAUCUUUACAGCUGCCUGCAGGCCGCACCAUGAGCCCCCAAGAGGUAGAAGGGUUGAUGGAGCAGACUGUGCAGCAGGUGCAAGAGACACUGAACAUAGAGCCAGAUGUUGCUCGGCACCUUUUGGCUCAUUCCCACUGGGGCGCUGAACAGCUGCUGCAGAGCUACAGUGAGGACCCAGAGCCACUGCUACUGGCAGCUGGGCUGAGUGUACCCCAGGCCCAGGCCGCCCCUGCACGCCCAGAUCACUGCCCUGUCUGUAUCAGCCCCCUGGACCCUGAUGAAGACUUGCCCUUCCUUUGCUGCAUGCACUAUUGCUGUAAGUCCUGCUGGAAUGAGUAUCUGACGACUCGGAUUGAGCAGAACCUUGUAUUGAAUUGCACCUGUCCCAUUGCUGACUGCCCUGCCCAGCCCACUGGAGCCUUCAUCCGUGCCAUUGUCUCCUCACCAGAGGUCAUCUCCAAGUUUGAGAAGGCCCUCCUGCGAGGCUAUGUGGAGAGCUGUUCCAACCUGACCUGGUGCACUAACCCUCAGGGCUGUGACCGUAUCCUGUGUCGCCAGGGCCUGGGCUGUGGGACCACCUGCUCUAAGUGUGGCUGGGCUUCCUGCUUCAAUUGUAGCUUUCCUGAGGCACACUACCCUGCCAGCUGUGGCCACAUGUCUCAGUGGGUUGAUGAUGGCGGCUACUAUGAUGGCAUGAGUGUGGAGGCCCAGAGCAAGCACCUGGCCAAGCUCAUCUCCAAACGUUGUCCCAGCUGUCAGGCUCCCAUUGAGAAGAACGAGGGGUGCCUGCACAUGACCUGUGCCAAAUGUAACCAUGGAUUCUGCUGGCGCUGCCUCAAGCCCUGGAAGCCAAACCACAAGGACUAUUACAACUGCUCUGCCAUGGUAAGCAAAGCAGCUCGUCAGGAGAAGCGGUUUCAGGACUACAAUGAGAGGUGCACUUUCCAUCACCAGGCCCGGGAGUUUGCUGUGAACUUGCGGAACCGGGUCUCUGCCAUCCAUGAGGUGCCCCCACCUAAAUCCUUCACCUUCCUCAGUGAUGCCUGCCGGGGCCUUGAGCAAGCUCGAAAGGUGCUGGCCUAUGCUUGUGUCUAUAGCUUCUACAGCCAGGACACAGAGUACAUGGAUGUGGUGGAGCAGCAGACUGAGAACCUGGAGCUCCACACCAAUGCCCUGCAGAUCCUCCUCGAGGAGACCCUGCUGCGCUGCCGAGACUUGGCCUCCUCCCUGCGUCUCCUGCGGGCAGACUGCCUCAGCAUGGGUAUGGAGCUGCUCCGGCGGAUCCAGGAGAGGCUGCUCGCCAUCCUGCAGCACUCCACGCAGGACUUCCGAAUUGGUCUCCAGAGUCCAUCAUUAGAUGCCCGGGAGGCAAAAGGAUCCAAUGUGCCCAGCAAUCAGCCCCAGAGUUCCUCAGGGAUUGAAGCAGAGGACGAGGAAGAGGAGGAGGAAGAGGACGAGGAGGAUGAGGAGGAUGUGCCCGAGUGGCAGCAGGAGUUUGAUGAGGAGCUGGACAAUGACAGCUUCUCCUAUGAUGAGGAAUCUGAGAACCUAAACCAAGAGACGUUCUUCUUUGGUGAUGAGGAUGAAGACGAUGAGGCCUAUGACUGAGGGGGGGGCAAGAUGCAGGAAACACCUGGAGCUGUCCCACCACAGUCAUGGGGUUGUGGGGGUGGGGAGUUCACCGUUUCACUGUCAUGGGAGAGGGGAUUCCCAGCGUCUGCAGCACCUUCUGUUUACUGAAUAAACUUUUUAUCACGUACUUCCCUGGAAGCAGGCUGGGCAGCUGCCUCAGGGGCCAGCCAUCUUCAGCGACCCCCAAGAUCCCCUCCACAGCUAGCCCCCUUCAUUCUUUAGAAGGAAGAGUUUUCUUUAGACUUCCAGACUCUUCUAUCCUCAGAGACCCAUCUGACCUAAGCUGAUACAAGGAGAUGAAAGUCUGUGUGGUCCAGGCCAGGUGCAGACCCAGCAGGCUUCAGAGAUGAGAGAAGAGUGGUCCAGCCCCAUGCCCAGACUUCUCCACACUCUGAGCAUUCCUCAGG